AUGAAGCUGUUUAACAGACGAUGGCGACGUUCAGGCGUCUAUGGCCGUGAUUCCAGGGUAAAGCCCUCAAGGUACGAUGACGAGCUCAGAGAGAUUCCCACCACGGACAGUGUCUUGGGUGCGAUCAGAGGGGUUAGGCGACUCGAAGCAUUACACGACGACUUCAGUACUCCAACAUCACAGCCUACCUCAACGCUGUCGUUGGUAUCCCUCACAGCCCACCCAGUUCGGCCAUCCUCAUCGGCUUCAUCGCGUGCACACAUCACCAUCCCAGCUUCGAGAGCUGCACACAUUGUGAACGAUCUAGAGGCUGAGCCAUUCACAACAGUGUUUGGCGCGGUGCCCAGUAGAGCAGAUCCACAGGAUGAACGGCGCUUUGCUGUCUAUUUCUCUCCCACCAACGCGAGUGAUUACGAACUUACCCCGCUACGCUGCGGCACGGUCGAGCCUCGGUCUUUUUGGGAGUACGAUACAAGUCGCGAGGUAUCAGCUUCAGAAGCACGCACAAACGAACCCCACCAAAGCACGCAUCGACCCGAAGACGUAUCCAGCGAUGACCCACCUCCGCGAUACACAUCACUCGACCCACAUCCGAUUCUGGGUAACCAGCCCAGACUCCGACGUCGAUCCACACUUGAAGUCCUCGGCGCUAUCCGCAAAGAGGGUCUCAAGGCUACAACAGGCAAGAUGGGGAAGAGUAUGGCGAAGCAUGUCGAGGAUGUGGGCAAGAUUGCAAAGGACGUGCCUUUGGCUGUUAAGGAAGCUCAGAUGAAACUGAGUUCCAAGAGAGCCAAGAGUAAGAUCCGGUGGCUGGAGAAGCGCAACUAUUUGAGUUGUCAGGAGAGGUUUUUGACACGGGAGCUCGUCGGAUGA